UUUUUAGGUGUUAGGUGAGGCCUUUGGCUUUCCACACUGCUGCCUUUCUCCUUCGUAUCUCCUUCUCAGUAAAAUUCCUGCAGCUUCAGCUAUAAGCCCACCGUCCUAAAGAAUAUCCAGAAACAUGGCCGCCCCUCCAUCAUAUGCUGAUCUCGGAAAAGCGGCGAAGGAUGUGUUUAAUAAGGGAUACGGGUUUGGAAUGGUGAAGCUCGACCUGAAGACCAAGUCAGCCAGUGGAGUGGAGUUUAAGACCUGCGGCUCGUCUAACACGGACACAGGGAAAGUGAUCGCAAAUCUGGAGACUAAAUAUAAAUGGGACGAGUACGGAGUGACCUUCACUGAGAAAUGGAGCACUGACAACACACUGGGUACUGAGAUCACUGUGGAGGACCAGAUUGCUAAAGGACUGAAGGUGACGUUCGACACGUCGUUCUCUCCAAACACAGGGAAGAAGAGUGGGAAGGUUCAGACGGCGUAUAAGUGUGAGUUCCUGAAUGUGGGCUGUGAUGUGGACUUCGAUUUCUCCGGCCCGUUGGUUCAGGGCACCGCCGUUCUGGGCUACGACUCCUGGCUGGCCGGCGUCCAGGCGACCUUUGACCCCGCCAAGUCCAAAAUCACCCGCAACAACCUGGCCAUCGGCUACCGUGCGGGAGACUUCCAGCUGCACACACACGUGAAUGACGGCUCUGAGUUCGGAGGCUCUGUGUAUCAGAAGCUGAGUGAUAAUCUGGAGACAGCGGUGAAUCUGGCCUGGACCGCUGGGAGCAACAACACACGCUUCGGCAUCGCUGCUAAAUACACACUCGACUCCAACUCCUCUGUUAAUGUUAAGGUGAACAAUUCCAGUCUGGUUGGAGUGGGCUACACACAGACCCUCAGACCAGGGGUGAAGGUGAUCCUCUCUGCUCUGGUUGAUGGGAAGAGCAUCAACGCUGGAGGUCAUAAACUUGGCCUGGGUUUCGAACUGGAGGCUUAAACAUCGCCUCUGUUCAUUCAUCUCUCUCUGUGUGUGUUUGUAUUUGUGUGUGUGUUCUGUGCAGAAGCAGAACAUUCUUGCUCCCUCACACACACACACACUUGUUACAUAUACUUCAUCAUUCCUCUGAGUUUUAGCACUUUAGUUAAUCCUCUAUAUUUAUUUAUUUCCUACCCCACCCCCAACACACACACAUACACUCCACUGUACCUGGGAUCAUCUUUACCGUAUUUUCCUGAGUAUAAGAACGUGUAUUUUUGUUCUCUCUUAGCGUUUCUGUGAUCUUCCCUUGUGUGUGUGUUUACAGUAGCUCUGCUGCUCCAGGAAUAACUGUAGCUCCUGCCUCGAUGUUCCGAAUCUCUGAAAUUAUGAACUCAUUGCUAUAAAGUACACGUGUGGUCAGCUAGCCUGACUGUUGUAUUUAUGAUUAGCUUGGUGUUAAUACAUUGCUGUGAUUGAGGAAAUUAGCAUUAUUGUGUCCUUGCAGAAUGAAUAAAGAGCAUGUGACACUAACAGGACACACGCGUGUAAUUGUGCUGCACCACCAGGGGGUGCUGAAGUGCUGUUUUUAGAAAAAUUAAGGUACGUCAUGUUGAUUUUACACUUAUAGUCUGGAGAAUACGGUAAAAUACUCUUGUGUCUGUAGAGUUACUGUAUAAAUCACAUUAAAGCUGGUAUUCUACUA